AUGGCCGAGAAUGUGUCCCGGCCUGUCUCCCUCUCCAGCACAGCAGACACAACCAAGACGGACAACCCAUCCAUCUCCACUGCACUGCAUGCAUCUAGCCUCUUGACGUUCCCCGCGGAUCCGAUCGACAACGAGAGCUACAACGACCUCGACCUCGACCUCGACCUCGCCCGCGACGCCGCAAGCCAACGAAAACUAGCCCCUGCCCAGUUGUGA